UCAGCUCGGGCGAGGGCGGCUGUCAUGGCGGCGCUGGGGCUCGGCGCGGAGGGCCCAUGAGGCGGCGCUCCGGCCUCACGAAGCCCGUCCUUGUCCCGGAGAGUCAGCAGCGGCCCAUCUCGGCGCCCCCGAGGCCAUGGCGGGCGUCUUCGACAUCGACCUGGACCAGCCCGAGGAGGCCGCGUCGGACGAGGAACUGGAGGAAGGGGGUCACUUAAGCGAAAGCAUGGACCACGGUGGAGUCGGCGCAUAUGACCUCAUGGAGCAUUGCGAGAAAUUUGAGAUUUCAGAAACCAGUGUGAAUAGAGGUCCUGAAAAGAUACGCCCAGAAUGCUUUGAACUGCUGCGUGUUCUUGGGAAAGGUGGCUAUGGAAAGGUAUUUCAAGUUCGGAAAGUGACAGGGGCAAACACCAGUAAGAUUUUUGCCAUGAAGGUGCUUAAAAAGGCAAUGAUUGUGAGAAAUGCGAAAGAUACAGCACACACGAAAGCCGAGCGGAACAUCUUGGAGGAAGUCAAGCAUCCGUUCAUUGUUGACUUGAUUUAUGCCUUUCAGACGGGUGGAAAACUCUACCUCAUUCUUGAGUAUCUCAGUGGAGGAGAACUGUUCAUGCAGUUGGAGAGAGAGGGGAUAUUUAUGGAAGACACCGCUUGCUUCUACUUGGCUGAAAUCUCAAUGGCUUUGGGGCAUCUGCACCAGAAGGGGAUCAUUUAUCGAGAUCUCAAGCCAGAAAACAUCAUGCUGAAUCAUCAAGGUCAUGUUAAGCUUACAGAUUUUGGACUAUGUAAGGAAUCCAUUCACGACGGAACCGUCACGCACACGUUCUGUGGAACAAUAGAAUACAUGGCCCCUGAGAUCCUGAUGAGGAGCGGACACAACCGGGCCGUGGACUGGUGGAGUUUGGGGGCGUUAAUGUAUGACAUGCUGACUGGAGCACCCCCAUUCACUGGGGAGAACCGAAAGAAAACGAUUGACAAGAUUCUCAAGUGCAAACUCAACUUGCCUCCCUACCUCACACAAGAAGCCAGAGAUCUGCUGAAAAAGCUGCUAAAGAGAAAUGCUGCCUCACGUCUAGGAGCUGGUCCUGGAGAUGCUGGAGAAGUUCAGGCUCACCCUUUCUUCAGACACAUUAACUGGGAAGAGCUGCUGGCUCGGAAGGUGGAGCCCCCCUUUAAACCAUUAUUGCAAUCCGAAGAGGACGUGAGCCAGUUUGACGCAAAAUUUACUCGUCAGACUCCUGUCGAUAGUCCUGAUGACUCAGCCCUCAGUGAAAGUGCCAACCAGGUCUUCCUGGGCUUUACGUACGUGGCUCCCUCCGUACUUGAAAGCGUGAAAGAGAAGUUUUCCUUUGAACCAAAAAUCCGAUCACCUCGCAGAUUCAUUGGCAGCCCACGGACGCCCGUCAGCCCUGUUAAGUUCUGUCCCGGGGAUUUCUGGGGACGAGGCAGUUCCUCCGGCGUGACCAAUGCUCAGGCGCCUGUGGAGUACCCCAUGGAGACCAGCGGGAUCGAGCAAAUGGACGUGACGGUGUGCGGAGAGGCCUCGGCGCCGCUCCCGAUCCGGCAAACCAACACCGGCCCCUACAAAAAGCAGGCCUUCCCCAUGAUCUCCAAAAGGCCGGAGCAUUUGCGCAUGAACCUAUGACGAAAUCAACAGCAAUCAUUUCCUCCCCUUCCCCACGUGGAAAAGAAAAAAUAUAUAUAUACACCUUAAUUGGGUGGCGACAGGACAUGAGGCCGAAACCUCACUGAGGGCAGCAGCCCUGCCAUUCCCAUCACGCUGAAAUAUUGAGGGCUCUUGAAGCUGUCUUCUUCACUUUCUUAUCUCUAGUAUCAGAAUGGGUCAUUGCACAGAAUAACGGACUGGGAAAGAACAUGAAAACCAUGGCUCGCUCCCGGUCUCCACUUCCGGUUUUGAAUCAGUGGUGCAUCAAAUAAUACUGUUUUCGGAAGUACAGAAGCGAGCGACAUGGAUGCGUCGGUAGUCUUUCUCCUCGAGGAUUUUUCUGCAUUUCUGUCCAGAGCUGUGACAGUAUUGAGAGUGGAAAAAGACGCCCACAGAGUCCUGCUUUUGUCUCUCGAACCCGGGGAUUCGCCCGCUUUGUCGGCUGCUUCGGUUGCAUCCUCCGACGGAGCGAAGCUGGAGUUUCACGGCGUCGACGUCCCUUACAGAAUCUACAUAUAUAUAUUUUUGCAAAUAGGUUUUCCCCUCUUUUUUUGUUGUUUUCUUUCAAGUAUCCUAACUUGGGAAAGAAACCAAGUUCAAAAUAAUGAAAAUAAUGGUUUUGUGUUUGGAAAAAAAAAAAAGAAAGAAAGAAAUCAUUGCUAAUUACGUUAGUAGGAUUGGAAGUGGAUAAGGCAUCCCUCAGCCAAUCGUCUUAUUAUGGAAUUGGGUUAGGCGAGAAGUCCUGCCCGCUGUGGAGUUUUCUUACUUUCCCUGCUUUUCUCUGCCCCAAAUCCUGUCUAGAAUCGAUCACUCUGUGCAGAAUACUUCCCUUCUGGCCUCGUCAUUUCUUCAAAAGCUGGAAAACAUAUUCACGUACAGCCAUCGCAAAGAGUAAACCAAAAAGGGAGGCGCGGAAGGGGUAUCGUAUAAGCAGCCGUGAUCAAAAGGGGGGGAAAUGUUUCCUAUUUUUUUAUUAUGUUUCUGAUUAUUGCUGGGAAAGAGGUGGCUUUAUCCCGUCUCGGCCCCAUUACUUGCCUUUUCCGUUUCCCUCGCAAACUAUUUGAUUUCCUCGGCCGGGGAUAUGGGUGGAGGGAGUCGAUCCAUCCAUCCGCUGAUUGUAUUUGAAACUAAACCACAAAAAAAAAAAAGUAUUAACGAUGGCCUUUGACGAAUGUCUUCCAGAGAACUUUUGCGAAUUUGAUUUUAGGCAAGGUUUACUAUUUAUGUUUUCUGCGAUUGUUAUUGAAGACGAAAGAAAGAGAGAGAGAAAAAAACCCAAUCUGUACAAAAUGGACUUUUAAUAGGUACAAAGAAAUAAAUAAAGGUAUCUUUUACCUUAACUUAAAUACUUCCUGCCUUAAAGAAAGCAUUUCCAUGGACGUAGCUUAAGUGAAAGGGUUCACAAAAGCCUAGGGCAGAGCGUGUGCAUGAGUGGGAGUGGUGUGUUUGUGUUGGCCUUUGCAUAACUGUGCGGCGGCGUUCGCGUCCGGGUGCUUCAUUCUCUGGCGUCCAUUUCUCUCUCCGUCUCUCUCUGUGCGGACUCUGCCACUGAGGAAUAUAUAUCUGCGUGUGUAUAUAUUCCUGUUGCUUCUUUGUGUUGAUUCUCUUUGUGAGCCAUAGGAUCCAAGCCAUAAGUCUUUCAAUAGUAAACAUUCUUUGUUUUGAAUCCCAUUGCAGCGUCGCAGUGAGUGAGACAUUAGCCCCGUUGGGUUGGAUCCCGCUUUGGACCUCCGUGGUCUUCCCCAUCAAUUGAAUUGUAAUCUGAGAAGCUGAUAGGGCUGUUUUUUGGGGUGGGGGGACCCCAAAUGAGAAGAACUGAACUGACGGCUAUCUGCUGUUGUUGGGGCUCAAGCCAUAGAGUAUUUUCUGCCUCUUUUGGGCACCCUGUGGAUCUUUUCGAACUCUUGUCCUCCACAUACUUUGGACCUCAACUUCCAGAAGCUUCAACUAGCAUGGCCAACGCUUGAGGAUUUUGGGAGCUGAUGUUGAGGACAAAAGGGUGUCCAACUUGAAUUCCCAUCGCCCCUAAGUGAGGUACGGGGCGCAUAGUUCAUUGAUAUCUGAAAGGCGAAAGGUUCUAGAUUCAGCAUCCCUCUCUUCUCCUCCCUCUUGUUCCUCAUAGCAGCCAUUUAGGGGACAAUUGAGCAAAAGGUAGUCCCGUGGAAACCAGUGACCUGCAGUUUUGACAUUUCUGGAGUGUGUGCCUGCGUGGGGUUGGAUUCCCCAUUGAUUGCCCAUUCUGGCUUUCCUUUGGUGGUGGAAUCAAGUGUGUGUAGGACCCACUUGUCCGUGAGCUCCUACGAAAGAGUGGGCGUUCUCCACCGAGGAGAGAUCACACCAUUGGAAUAAGAAGUGCUCCAAAUCAAGGCUGUCUGAAGGCCAUGGUUUCCACCUUCCUUUGAUGUGGUCCAGAGCUUGGGAAAAUUACUAGUGGGAACAGUUAAGUUCCAGAAUCCCGAAACAAAGGGUGAUAGGAGGUAAACAUACAAUAUGUUGGAUCCAGAUCUAGUUCUACUUUAGGUUGACUUAUUGAAAUCAGUGGGUUUUUGUUGGGUGGGUGAGCUUAUUAACAAAAGACCCUUCUCAUAAAUGUACAGCAGAGUAACUUAUUAGCAGCAGCCUGACCCAGCACCAGUAGCCCAAAAUAAUAAAAAGAACAAAAACACACAGACCAAUGUUAUCUCUUCCAUAAGAGGCUUUUCUUUAUAGCAAAAUAAUAUGGUUGCAAUAUUUACAAAAACGAGGUUGCCAUAAUACGAACAAAGUUAGUUCUGCUUCCUUCUUUGCUUCCACGCUGGUUUCUUUCUCAUGCAGACAAACAGCUUCACUUUCACAGAACCUCUUCUCAAACUGAAGUUACGUAAGAGCUUCACGUAGUAGAUUUUUACACACAGCCUUCACACACAAUGACCUUCAGCUUGGGGCGUCUCUUACCGAAGUUUCUCACAGACCAGGCCUACUCACAUUGAGGCCUACCUUUCUCCCACUGAGGCCCUUUCACACUGAGGGCUGUCUCAGACUAAGGCGAACUAACACUGAGGCAUUCUGAUAGCGAGGUAUACUAACACACUGAGGUCCUUCUCCCGCAGAGAUGUCACAAACUGAGGGUUUCCUCAGACUGAGGCCUAUCAUACUUCUCACACCCUUUAACACUGAGGUGUGUUCUGUCACACAGACUAAGGCCUACUUCACACUCUGAGGCCUUCUCUCCCUGACUGAGACUUUUCUCACACUGAGGAUUGUCUCCGACUGAGGCAAACUAACACUGAGGCAUACUCAUACUGAGGCCUACUAACACACUGAGGCCCUUCUCCCACUGAGAUCUCCCACAAACAGAGUUUCCUCAGACUGAGGCUUAUCAUAUUUCUCACACUCAGGCCUUCCUUUAACACUGAGGCGUUCUCUCACACAGACUAAGGUCUAUCUCAUACUCUGAUGCCUUCUCUUCCUGACCGAGACCUUUCUCACACUGAGGGACAUCUCAGACUAAAGUAGUGGCUCUCAACCUGUGGGUCCCCAGAUGUUUUGGCCUUCAACUCCCAGAAAUCCUAACAGCUGGUAAACUUGCUGGGAUUUCUGGGAGUUGUAGGCCAAAACACCUGGGGACCCACAGGUUGAGAACCACUGGACUAAAGUGAACUAACACUGAGGCAUUCUCAUACUGAGACCUACUAACACACUGAGGCCCUUCUCCCACAGAGACCUCUCACAGACUGAGAGUUUCUCCAGACUGAGGUUUAUCAUACUUCUCACACCCAGGCCUUCCUUUAACACGGGGGCGUUCUCUCAUACAGACUGAGGCCUAUCUCAUACUCUGAUGCCUUCUCUCCCACUGAGGCCCUUUCACACUGAGAGCUGUCUCAGACUAAGGUGAACUAACACUGAGGCAUUCUCAUUCUGAGGCCUACUAACACACUGGGGCCCUUCUCCCACGGAGACCUCUCACAGAUGAGGACUAUCCUACUGAGGGCUCUCUCACUGAGGUCUGCUGACAAUGAGGGUGACUAAGGGUAUUGAACUGCAGCUUUUGCUGAGUCAUUUCAGUGCUUGACUCACAUUUUUGUAACUAAAAACAAUUAGUUAAUUUUUAAUAUUUCCAACAGUUUUCACCAAUUUGAGCUCUUAAUUUCACUGGGCCAACUCAAGAUGGGAUUAAUCCUGGCAGAGGAGAACCAAUUUUCCUACACCGUUGAGGAUCAAACGUGGAGAUGUUUCUUGGUCAGGAAAUUCUGGAAGACGUAGUCCUCCCACAAAGUAAAUUUCCCAAGCUUUGGGUGGUUGUGUCGCUUGAUAAUGGGACGCAACCUCUUUUGCUCUAGGGUUGAAUUUGAAUACCGUCUCUUACGAUCGUGCGUACUGAUGAUCUUCUUUUGGAUGCAUGUGUGACCUUGCGCAGGAGAGUGUCCGAAAUAUGGCUGGCAGAAGGUGGCAGAGUGUUUUGCCUGCUUUUCUUCCCCCGUUAGAUCGUUUUGCUGUAGACGUCAACCUGGCUUUUCCUUUUUCAUUUUCUCUUAACUGUGAAAACUUUGGAAUCGCAACUUGGGACAGCAAGCACACACUAUGCAAUAUGUGUUACUCUGUAUUUAUUUGUACAAAAAAUAAAUAUCCAAACCUUGACGAUUAUUAUUUUUCUUCCUCCCUUGCCCUCCCCUGUAUAUAUCUCGCUUAUUAGUAAUGUCAGUUUUAACGGGAGUGGAAUUGUAUCUCUUGUACAACUUCGGAGAGAAUGGCUAGGAUAUGAAAUGCGGUGGCUAUAUCAAGAACUUAAGUGCUUUCUUUUCAAAAAGAGAAAUGUCUUAAAAAGUGUUCAUUAGAGGUAUAGUAAUUAAGAUUUAUUUUGUACGAGCUGUGCUUUUUUAAUUAUAAUCUCGGGACUUUUGCUAUCAUUUGAUUUUUUAUAGAUUUUUGUACCAUUAUAUUAAAAAAAAAAGAUGAUGAUAAUAAUAAUAAUAAUAACUGGGAUUAAUACCUGCUGAGGCUAACGACAUAUUUUAAGUAUUAAAUCUUGAUAACUUGAACCA